AAAAAACAACAACCAAGCUCUGUUACCAUAACUUGUAGCAGUGAGUCCCUUAAUUCUACUACCUGUGUUUUCUGCUUGCUUGUUAACUCUUACCCAUGCAAGGUAGGUCAGUAUUGCAACUGUAGAGGUGAGCCUGAGAGAGAAGUAGCGUGUCUAAGGCUGCCUGGUGAAUUCAAGCUGUAGGGGUGGCAAAGCAAACACCACACAACCCUUAAAGAUGGUGCGGAUUUUGGCCAACGGCGACAUCGUACAAGACGAUGACCCUCGAGUGCGGCAGAGCACUCAGAACAGGGGAAACUCUUCUCGACCGGGUUUUUCCAACAUGAACGCAGGCCCUGCUCCACAACAACACUACCGCCAACAGCAGCAGCAGCCUCAGGAUGGAGCAAGGCCAGGGGAGCGCUCUCUGCUUUCAGACAUCAAUCAACAGUUGGUGAACAUGGGAUUCCUCACAUGGAACCUUGGAAACCAGGUGGUGGAGCCAGUCAUGUCCAUCCUGCUGCUGCUCCUUCUCAUGAUGGUCGGCGUGCGUGGCCUACUCUUGGUGGGCCUCAUCUACGUUGUCUCUCACUUAAGCCAGCGAUGACAGGGACUUCUCUGCAAGCCAUGACUGCUGCUUGGCAGAUGGAGAGCCACAUUUCCUUGUCCGGUGUGUGAGCACAUGUUAGAGAGAGUGUGUGUGGGGUGUGUGUGUAAAAUGUGCCCCCGUUGUGUGUAUGCGUCCCCAUAUGGGCUCCCGCCCUCAAAUGUUAUGUA